CGGUUUGCCAGCAAUGGCGGCUCUUCCAGAUUCAGACCAAUUGCCACUCCAAGGUGUAGUGCUGUGUUGCACUUCCUUGGCUCAAGAUGUCCGAACUCAUAUCGCGGACAUGGCCACUCACAUGGGAGCGAUCCACUUGUUAGACCUCACAGCGGAUGUGACGCAUCUCCUGGUGGGCAGCAUUACUACGCCCAAAUAUCGAUACGUCGCCAAAGAACGCCCGGACAUCAAGGUCCUGACGCCCGAUUUCAUUCCUCGACUACGCGAAGCAUGGAUCCAAGGUGGUGAGGUAGAUGUACAGAAGUAUGAGGCGGAGUGCAAGGUCAAGACAUUCGCGGGACUCGAAAUGUGCCUCACAGGCUUCAACGAUACGACGCAGAGGACCGAGAUGCAGCGGACGUGUCAAGAGCAGGGUGCCAAGUGGAGCGCGGAUCUUACCAGACACGUCACGCAUCUGAUAGCUGCGAAGCCCGAAGGAGCCAAAUAUACGCAUGCGAAGCAGUGGGGCAUCACUGUGGUCAGCUUGAAGUGGUACGAAGACAGCUUGAUGAGGGGCAUGGCAGUCGACGAGAGCUACUACGCCUGUGAAAUACCCCGAGAAGAGCAAGGUGUUGGCGCAUUCCGGAUAGUGCCAAAGACGACGAGUCUGGGGAAGAGAGCAAGGGAGGACAGCCAAGGUGCUAGGCCGACAGGGGAGUCAACACGCAAGAAGCUGCGCAAAAGCGCCAGUAUGCGACUCAGCGAACAGAGUCAGGAUUUGUGGCAGAGCAUAUCUCAACAUGAGAUUCAAGUGGACAACACUGUGGUCGAUGCGUGGACCGACUCCAACAGUGAAAGCCAAUCACUACGAGACAGCAAUGGACCUAGAAUGAGUGUGCGACACUCCGAUACCACCGAACUCAUGGAGCGACACGAUCCCAAGGAAUCUCAAGGGCUAUUCUCUGGGCACUUUGUCCUCAUCCACGGCUUCGAUGCAACAAAGACGCAAAAGCUGCGCCUGGUUCUGGCGGCAAAUGGCGCUACAGUGGUCAGCACUCCCUCGGACCUGGAACAUGCCUCUGAGCAGCCAUUCUUUCGGUCGCGAUGUCUCCUCAUGCCCCAUGCCCAGCCCACUGAGCUGCCCAUCGUGUCGCCUGGGACGAUGCUCGUAACAGAGUGGUGGGUGGAACGAUGCCUCCACUUCAAGCAGCAGAUCCAUCCAGACCAAGACUCGCUCAGCCAGCCACUGCAAGACAAGCGGAUUGCCGACUUUGCUGGUCUUGUCAUCUCGUCUACUGGUUUCAACAGCGUGGACCUUCGUAUGUCUGCCGAAACCAUCAAUCUAAUGGGAGGAACUUAUGAGGAGCAGCUGACCCCGUCGACUUCUGUACUGGUCUGCGCCUCCGUCACCAUGAAAAAAGAAAAGGCCUACUAUGCGUCAAAGUAUAAAAUUCCUGUCGUACGCCCAGAGUGGCUAUGGGAGUCUUUGAAGUCGCGGAGUAAGCUUCCAACAGAGCUCUAUAGCGUCGACUUGUCUCGGUAUGACUUCAGCCAAUUCACUACUCAGUCUGCGAACACUCCGGCAGCCAGCGAUCGAGCUUCCGCACGAGGUAUAGGAAGUGCAGUCAACAGGGGUGAAGAAGUUGUGCAUCCCAAGCGCCUAUCCAAAACGCGCAGACGUCAGCAGACUCCUUCCUUGAUGCUGAAGCCAGCGGCAACUGGACACACCGCACCUGCAAAGUCGAGACCACCUCCAUGUCCAUUCGUGCUCGAGGAUGAGGAUGACGGUGACGAUGACGAGGCAACGCCCGCAGUGUCGAAUCGCGAUUCGCGGGACAAGACGACUGCACAAGCAUCAGAUCCUCUGCGUGAGCUAUGUUCCAAUGCCUCGCAAGGCUCUCGUCAGAUUGACGGUCCUACUAAGGACAGUCAGACACUCGACAACGCUGAGUCUCAUUCAUCACCACAGUCGCCACAGCGCAGUAGGAGUCCCGCAAAGGAGGCGCAGAAGCUGGCUUCAGACCUCUGCGCUCUGGUCCGUCGUCGCGAUGGUUCUGGCCAGGACGCUACGACCGAGCGUCCAAGGCGCAAGCAGCGAACUCUGGGGCGAAAUCUGAGCGGUACAUCCAUGACGCAUCUAACAGCGCAACAGAAGUCAAUGUCUGGUUCUCCUGCAAUCAUGGAAGAGGGGUGCGAAGCGGAUGGAUUCGCGCCGUCGCGUGAACCGGUUGCACCACCUGGUACGCAGCUGGAAUACGGCGAGGGCAGUGGGAAAACAGUCUCCAGCAUGGGCACUCUGAAGGAUAGCGAGGACAUGAAGAGGUCUCUUUGCACAGGCGCUGCAGCAGCAGCAGGCGGCCGUACGAAGUCACGAGCCAGGACCAAGAUGUGAGCGAAGUGCCUUGUGAAUGGAUCUGCAAUUAUUUCCAAUUUCUAUUACUGCGUUCAAGCGAUUGUUGCAUACUAGCGGGCCUAUCGGGUAUUGGAAUGAGAGACGACAGAUGUUACGAUGCAGUCGAUGGAAGCGAUCGAAGGCAUCGGAAAUCCGAAAAAAAGCGGAUACAAUACCUUAUCUAGAUGGGGUGAGCAGCCAAGAAAGAGUAAUUCCCG